GGGGAGAGGGACGAGUGUGCAGCGCUCUGUGCUCAGUUGAUGGGAGGAUCUGUUGGUAUUUAUGAGGCUGAGUUUGAUACGAAUAGGUCCCAGACUAUUCGCUUUGGGGUCUUGCAGACCCGGUAUGAGGCUGCGUUGGCGGAGCACCGAUAUGAGGACCUGCACGGAUUUGGCUGGUGAACCAGCUAGGCGCCACGCUCUUUGCUAGCAAGAGCGGAGGCUACCAUACGACCGUCUACUGGAUAGGGAUGUUGGAGGAUCUUGGUCGAGUGUGCGAGUACGCGUGGGGCGCGAUUGCGCUCGCUACGCUAUACGACCAGCUUAGUCGAGCGUCCAGGAGGGGGACGGCCCAGAUGGGAGGUUUUAGCUCGCUCCUGCUAGGAUGGGUCUACGAGUACCUUUCUGACCGCGUCAUUAUCCGUAGGGCGGAUCCGGAGUACUCGCAGGACCAGCCUAGGGCGCGGCGGUGGGCUAUGUCCCGGGUCGGGCAUGCAGGCCUUGAUGAGAGGCGAGUCAUGCUCGAUGAGCUGACGGUGGAUGACAUUAUAUGGACCCCAUUUGAGGACCAUCGGGCUCAUCGACCACGGGAUCCGAGGGCCAUGUAUUCUGGCUACAUCCGGUCGCCAUUUGGCCGUGUUGUUCGACGGCAUCUACCAGAGAGGGUUCUGCGCCAGUUUGGCUUCAUACAGGAUGUCCCUCGACACCCCUCUGAGAUCCAGACGUCUGGGUCCCUUGCUGAGACCGCAGAUGCUGCCUUUGCUGAGUUUGCGCCGCACCUCCGCCCUCAGGGGAUCCCCGCUACAUAUCCGGGAGAGGCUGUGGAGGAUUACAUGAGGUGGUACAGCGCUGUGUCCCAUCGGUUCAUCAUCCCUGAUGAUAGGAGGGAGGAGUUCAGUGCGGUGACUGUUAUGCGUCGGGCCGUGGACUUGUUGGAGCAGUCACUCGAGGUGCCAGAUGCUCCUGCAGAGGGCACACAUUCCCGAUCCCUCACUGAGAGAGCGCUGGAUCUUAUUAGAUCCAAUGCCUUCAUUGGUACCCAGGGGGUAGCCUUUGCUGCUGUCCGAGGAGCUAGAGCUGCAGGAGGCAGAGGUCGUGGAGACAGAGCGCGUGGAGGCAGAGGCCGUGGAGGCAGAGCCCGUGGAGAGGGUGCUCCUGCAGAGGGUGCGCGUGGAGGCAGAGCCCGUGGACCUAGAGGUCGUAGAGGGGCCGGUAGGGGUCGGGGCGAGUGAUUGACUGUAUAUUUGUAUAUUUUUUUUGUAUUUUUAUAUUAUGACAUGUGACUCUUUGUAUUAGGACUCUCUUUAUAUUAAUCAUGCUUUCUAUUUUCACU